AUGGCAGCAGCCCACAUCAGAAAUUGUUGCUUCAAUGCGAGAUUGGGCAAAACUCCUUAUGAGGCAUUUACAGGGUCUAAACCAGAUUUGAGCAAUAUGCAUGUCUUCGGUUCUGUUUGUUACGCAUAUGUGCAAAAUGCAAAGAAAUUAGAUCCUAGAAGUAAACAGGGUAUAUUAAGUCCUGCAUAUCUUGUCUUUUAUCCUGAUUCCAAUAAGGUUGAACGUGUAAGGUGUGUGAAAUUUUUCAAUGAGAGCAACCAUGAAUCUAAGGUUAAUCCUGACAAACAGGAAGGGGAAUUUCUGCCCAGUAAAGUGUCUGUACCUAUUGCCAAUGAGACUGUAAUAUCAACACAAAGGAAUGAAAGUGCAAAUGUCACUGAAACUGUGCAUGAUGAAGUAUGGUACCCUAGUCGAACUCGUACUAAGCCAACAUAUUUGAAUGAAUAUGUAACUGGUAAGGUUGUUGAUGAUGCGGCAACAUGUGCAGUUGAUUAUUGCUAUAGAACCCAUGACAUUCCAACUAGCUAUUCCAAGGCAGUACAUUCUCCCGAAAGAAAUAAAUGUGAAAAAGCCAUGGAUGAUGAAAUUGAGGCCUUAGAGGGCAAUGAAACUUUCGAGUUGGUCCCACCCCCAAAGGGCCAUGAGGUAGUGGGGGGAAAUGGGUGUAUACCAGGUGCCAAAAGAAUGAGUCCGGUCCCAAUUUUUGGCAAAAACUUGAGAAGUGUGUAUCUUCACUUGCUUUAGCUGCUUGUACAUGCACAUUGAGAUCUGAAAUUGUCUCCCACAUUUUCUUGGUGAACUAUUUUGCAAUAUAUAAUUUGAAAAUAAGUUUCCUAAUCCUCUACAUGCAUGUUCAAUGGAUUAUGAAGAGUGGGAGUUAGAGGACAGAUUAUUGGUCCCAUGAUUAACGAAGGUUUCGUCACAGCUACAAGUUUCUGCAAAGAUAGGAGUGUCGAAAGGUGCUGUGCAGCGAACUGUGGAAAGGUUCGGAAAAACACAAUCCUAUUCCGGCCUUCCAAAAUCUGGGGGACCAAGGACAGCAAUAAGAUCAGUUCAUAAAGCUAACUUCUUUGCACAAUAGAAGAGCAACUGAUGGUAAUAUUCAAUCGUAAAUUAACGCCAUCCAAGAGAAAACAGUCAACAAAACAACAGCAAGAAGGAGAUUGGCUGCAAGUGGGCUCAAAGGAAGAGUUGCAGUUUCUAAACCAUUGCUGCAUCCUAUAAAUAAGUGCAAGAGAUUAUUAUGGGCCAAAAAGGUCAAAAACUACAGAGUAGAAAACUGGAAAAGAGUACUUUUUACCGGUGAACGUUUGAAGUUUGUGGCUGAAAUUGGAUUGCGUUUUUCUGAACCUUUCCACAGUUUGCUGCACAGCACCUUUCUACACUCCUAUCUUUGCAGCAACUUGUCGCUGUGACUAACCUUCGUUAAUGGGAGCAAUAAUCUGUCUUCUAACUCCCAUUCGUCAUAAUCCGCUGAACAUGCGUGUAGAGGAUUAGGAAACUUAUUUUGAAAUUAUAUAUUGCAAAAUGCUUCACCAAGAAACAAUUUCAGAUCUCAAUGUCCAUGUACAAGCAGCUAAAUCAAGUGAAGAUUACACACUUCUCAAGAUUUUGCCAAAAAUUGGGACUGGACUCAUUCUUUUGGCACCUAGUGUAUACUGUUAAGACAGGACCAGAUAAGGCUGAAAAUACAAAGCUUGUUAUGUAACAAAAGGCUAGUCACAGAUUCUUGGUAUUGAUUACCAUGAAACCUUUCCCCAACCGCUCGGAUGAGCUCUGUUCGUGUUUUACUACAACAGGCAAUUCAGAAUGAUAUGCUUGUUCAUCAGAUGGACGUGAAAACAGCCUAUUUAAAUGCCCCAAUAGACUGUGAGAUUUUCAUGGAACAGCCAGAAGGCUACGAAAGGGUAGGAUAAAAUGGUGAGAAGUUGGUAUGCAAAGCAGAGUGGAUGCAAUUGGAACAACAUGCUACAUAAUUACCUCAUGAAGGAGAGCUUCACUCAAUCACUUGCUGACCCAUGUGUUUACAUUAGAAAUGGUGGUACAAAUGAAUGUACAAUUAUCAUCAUUUGGGUUGAUGAUCUCAUAAUUUCUGCUAGCCAUGAAAUUCUUUUGCAAAGCAUGAAAGAUUCAAGUAGUAAAUUUAGAUUGAAGGACCUAGGGGUAUUGUCAUGGUUCCUAGGUACAGAAUUCAAGUGUUCUGAAGGUGCAAUUGAAAUGAGCCAAAAGCAAUAUAUUGAGAAAUUGCUGUUAAGGUUUGGCAUGGCAGAAUGCAAGCCAAAGGUGACCCCAACAGUACUAGGUUUAGAUAAGGUUGUGGGAACGGAAUCACCUGAAUUGAAAGAUCCAACUUUUUACAGAGUGAUAGUUGGGAGCUUAAUAUAUGUGAUGACAGGUACAAGGCCUGAUUUGUGUUAUAUAGUCACUAAGCUUUCCCAAAACAUGUCGAAACCCACUGAAACUAAUAUUAUUGCUGCAAAACAUGUUCUAAGGUAUUUGAAAGACACAAUUGAGCAAAACUUGAGAUUUAGGAAAUCUGAGAACACUUUAAAACUUAUUGGGUUUUGUGACUCAGAUUGGGGAGGUGAUGUUUGUGACAGGCGUAGCAUAUCUGGCUAUGAUUUUCAGUUGUUGGACGAGGGUGCUUUAGUUUCUUGGAGAAGUCAAAAACAGCCAACUGUUGCACUGUGUGCAUGUGAGGUCUGGUAUAUGGCACUGACAGAUGCAGUGCAGGAAGCCAAGUUCUUAAAGCAAUUGUGUGUUGAUCUAAAUAUUGUUCAGGUAAAUGGUGACAACCAAGGUGCAAUCAAUUUAGCUAAAAACCCUAUGUACCAUAAAAGAUUAAAACAUAUCAAUGUGAAGUAUCAUUUUGAAGUGAAGUUCGAACAGGUAGUAUAG